AAAUAUGGUAAAAAAGGUAGUGGAAAGAAACUAGCAAAAGAAAUAGUAGCGGCAUUGACUCAUUUUUUUAUGGUAGGACAACAUGAUUCUAGUGAUCGAUACACUGCAAAGGAUAUGUUAGAUAGACUAAAAGAAAUGGUAGAAAAUGGUGAACUUAUAGCCGAA